GGUACGGCUCAAAUGCGGAAGGAACGCGGAGCACAAAUAUGCUCACAAACUGGGUGAAACUUUAAAGUCAAGCAACAACAAACUCGAGAAUCCUAAUGUCGACAUCGCCAGCACCUUAAUACACAAAGCAUUGUUUUUGAAGUGGAGUUAUGCAUGCAGAUUGGUGGAAUCACUCUAAAUAGAGAGAAUAGAAAAUGAAAGCCUUGCUCAUUACCACUGAGAGCGCCGAGAUCCUCUUCCACUGGACCGACCUGGGUUUCCAGAACAGCAUCCAGGAGCAGUAUGGUGCCGCUCAGGAGGAAGGCCAGAGGCUUCCAGCCUUUGAAGACAGCAUCAGCACCUUGUUCGCACCUAUUAUCAUCUCCUGCAGUUCCAUGGUUGACAGUAUGGGUGACGGCUACACCUGCUUCACCACAGAGAACAACCACAUCUAUGUACUACAGCAGUUCGACGAGUGUCUCUACAUUGCUGUAAAUGGAGAUGGCGAGGAGGAGGAGGACGAUCUGAGGAGGAAGAUCUAUGUAACGAAGAAAAUAAUCGAGGUGCUCUUCGGCAUGGUCACUCUCAGCGGUAGUCUCAUCAGAAGAGAGCUGCGUCCUCAAGACACAGAGCAAAGGGCCCGUCUGUGGAAACAUCUCCAAAGUCUGCUAGACACCCACAGCCACCUCAGGGAGACUGACCAGAGCUUCUUAGUGGAGGCGGUAGAGAGGCUCAUCCACCCCACGCUGUGUGAGCAGUGCAUUGAGUUCUUGGAGCGACGUCUAGUUCAGCAGCUUAAUAGCAGUGUAGAAAGAGCUGGAGAGGAGGUGCAGCAUGCUUUUAUCCUGGUGCACACCAAGCUACUGGCCUUCUACUCCAGUCGCAGUGCGAGCACACUCGCCACUUCGGACCUUUUGGCCCUCAUCAUCAUGGCUCAGAACAUGUAUCCUAGCAACAUAGACCAAGAUGACCACUCCUCCGAGGAUUUUGAUAGUACAAGUGGUUCAGGCCCAGAGAGCUUUUAUACACCUCAACCUUCCCCCACUGACUCAAGCAGUUCAGAAAAACAAACAAAAGAAGAAGCUACGGUGUUUGAGUUUGUGGAUCCCGACAUUCAUAUGGCAGAAGACAGUCUACACACUCUGGAUGUUCCUCCCCCAGAUCCAUCCGCACCACGCAGGGUGUUUCUAGAGGUGUCUCACAAGGAGGGUCUGUAUCCCAUGAUGCCUCACUCGAUGUACUGCCUGCCACUGUGGCCGGGAAUAACACUAGUACUGCUGACUAAGAUUCCCACCAGUGCAGUGGCUGUGUCCGUCUACAUGUUCCUGGAGGCCUUUGCCAAACUGGAGAAACGUUUGAGUGAAGGCCAGGAGGGAUCGUCUGCUACUAGAAGUCAACCAACAAUACACGACAUAAGAAGCAAACUUGACAAAUUCAUCAAAGCUCUUGGGCCCAGUGACAUUCAAUCUUCCCAGUUACAAAAUGUCUGGAGUGAGUUCAAGAACAGGGCCUUUUCCCGAGGUGGACCUGGCUUCAACAGAGAUCUCAUCCCUUGGUGUCAAAACAUGAAGACUCAGCUGUGUGGCAUUUACCGCCAGUGCUUCCUAAUUGACUCUGGUCCGGCUGACAUUCCGCGGAAACUUUCUACUGUUCUGCAGGAGCGAGCCCAGGCCAUGCUGCAGGAAAAACUAAUAGACUGGAAGGACUUCUUGCUAGUGAAAAGCAAGCGAAACAUCACCAUGGUGUCGUACCUAGAGGACUUCCCGGGCCUCAUCCACUUCAUUUGCGUUGAUCGAUCCACAGGCCAGAUGAUCGCACCGUCCCUCAACGUCACCGAACGCUCCACGUCAGAGCUGGGAAAAGGUCCAGUGGCUCAGUUCAUCAAAAACAAGGUGUGGAGGCUGGUGAGCACAACACGGCGUUACCUCCAAAAGGGUUACUCCACGGUCACCCUGCGAGACGGCGACUUCUAUUUUUGUUACUUCCUCUGGUUUGAAAACGAAACUGGCUACAAAUUGGAGGCAGUGGAAAUGCCCGUCCUACCCGAUGACUCUGCCCCCAUCGGGACGCUUGCCUGGGAUUACUACAGGAAGCUGCUGCGCUACUACAGUAAGAGCCACCAGGGUGAGGUAGUAAAGUGCUACGAGUUGCUCACGGUGCACCUGGGUGUCAUUCCCACUGACAUCAUACUGCAGCACUGCAAACAGCUAGCCAGCAAGCUGUGGGAGCCCUCGCGCAACCCACUCCUCUAACACUCAGCAUAUAGUACUGAACUGUAAAAUAAGCCCGCUUUAGUUUUGCACAUUUUAUUAUUUUAUUAUAACAUUUCGGUCUGCUUCUCUUUUUCAGCCACCAAAACCUUAAUUAAAUAAUUUUACCAUGUUUUGUUUCUCCUGUUAUAAAUGUAAAAAAAAUCUUAGUCUUUUGCUAAAAAUUACAUUUCUGUUUCAAUGAACAUGUCAGUGCUGUCAGAAUGACAAGUCCUUGUUUCAUUGUGUGCAGACAAGACAGUCGGAUCUCUUUGUCAUGCUCUCGAUAUAACAGUUACUCUGGUAGAAGCAGGGCCGGCCCAGCCUAUACGCAGACUAUGCAGCUGCUUAGGGCCCCUGGCCACUAGGGGGCCCAGAUAGGGGGCAAUCUGGCAAUUGUUUCAUUUAUACUCUAUUUUGUUUACUACAGUUUGCUUUAUUUGACUUUUGUGACUUUUGAUACUUGAUUACAAGCUUAAAAAAUAAAAGUUCUUCCUUAACUUCUUUCUUUCCUCUUUUGGAAAAAGGUUUGGCGAUAUCCACUCUAAGUACCUACAAUCAUUUGGGGUGAGAAGUUUGAAGAAUGCAGUGCAACAAAAUCUGAUUAAUAUACAAAAUAUGGACAUAUAGGUUGGAUUGCGUGUAUGGGUUUCACAUUACACUGUGACGAAAUGGUGGGCCAAAAAUAUGGGCCCCUUGGCAUUAUUUUGCUUAGGGCCCCCAAAUGGCCUGGGCCGGCCCUGGGUAGAAGGCUCUGAUGCUGAAGAUUGUUUACGUGAGUUUUGAUGAAAAUUGUUAGUAAGUUACACCUUUGUGUGUGGGAGAUUUAUCACAAGGGAUUUGACAAGUUUCAGUUUACACUUUUACUUUUGUUAGGUUUUGUGUUGGUAUUUUCCUAGUGUGACUUGUCCCUGUGAUUACCCAUUGAUUUCACCUGUUGUGCCUGCUCCUACUGAGUCCUCCUGUAUUACCCAGCUGUUCCUCAUUGUCUCGUUACCUACCCCUUGUCUGCAUUUGUGUAUAUAAGCACCCAGUUUCUUUUCACUCCUUGUUGCGUCAUUGUCAAUGUCAGAGUCUCUGUCAAAGUCUAUGUAAAUGCCCAUGUGCUCGUCAGUGUUCUCAAGUUUUCUCCGUCCUAGUCCUUGUGUUCCUCAACGUAAGUUUUUUUUAUAUCAAGCCUUUUGUUAGUGACCUGAGUUUUGUUUGUUUCUGUGUUUUUUGGGAUCCCCACAAUAUUGGUUGAUACUUAGUUUUUUGUUAGCCUUAAUUAUUUUGCACUGCCGGUCUGCCUCCCUGCUUACUUUUCCCUGCAUUUGGGUCCACACAACCUGCCUGCCCCGAAUUCCUGACAGAAUGACGCAACCUAAUAUGGACCCAGCGGGAAACCUCUGGCCAGCAGACUCCUGCGACCAUGUGGCUACGUUUGGGUUUUGUGUUGGUUUUCUCCUAGUGUGACUUGUCCCUGUGAUUGCCCAUUGAUUUCACCUGUUACUAAUUUAUAAAAAUGUUUAGUUGGCACAUA